CCAUGGCGGCUGCUCCCUCUGAGCUGCAACCAGAAGAGCUGGAUGUGGCUGUGCUGAAGGCCCACGGCAGCGACUCAGGCAGUGACUCAGACAGCGGGCAGGGCAGCGCUGAGCCCCUUUCACCGGGCCGGCCGUCCACUGGCACCGUGUGCCCCCAGGAUGCAGAUUCAGAAGAAGAGAUUUUUGUAAGCAGAAAAGCAAAAGGCAAGAAGGUGCUUCAGGACAGCGAAAGUGAAGAUGGAGAGGAUGGUGACUGUUCUGUGCAGAAUGACACUCUGGGUGGAGACACAGAAAAUGGAGAGGAAAAAGAGGUCAUUGCCCAGAAAAACAAGAAAUCUCGGAUUCGCCAGGCUCUGCUGGACAGCGAUGACAGUGACACUGGUGACAAUUUGCAAAUUGAGAAUCUUGACACGAGCAGGAAGUCUGUCUUGUCUGAGAAUGAGCUGAGAGAGGAGAGACCACUGAAAUCUGGGAAAAAAUCCAGAAAGCAUAAACACAGUCUUGAAGACGAGGCAGCUGAAAAAUCUGUAGGAAAACCUAGAAGAAGAAAGGAGAGGGAGAGAAGAGCCGAGUCCAUCAAACAGCUUAUAAAAGAGAAGAAGCCAAGCUCGGAGGGCCAGCAGGUGGAUGGUGGUGAGAGGUUUCCUUUUAAUGACAGUGGGUGUCUUCUUGAUGACAAAGAACUUUUCGAUAAUGGCUUAGAAGAGGAAAACGAUUCCUUCCCAGGGGAUGAAGAGUCAAUAGAGUCAAUACGAGCAGCAGUGAAAGAGAAAAUAAAGAAAUACAAGAACAAAGAAGGGCUUUCUGAGGACCAAGGCUACAAACAUGUCUUUGAUGAUGAUAAUGAGGAACGUGCAUUAAAAGAACCAAAAAGGAAGGAGCGGAAAGCAGCAAGGUUGAGUAAGGAAGCCAUUAAACAGCUACAUAGUGAGACCCAGCGGCUUAUUAGAGAAUCAUCUGUGUCUCUCCCAUACCAUAUGCCUGAGGCCAAAAGUGUUCACGAAUUCUUCAAGCGUAGAUCUCGACCAGUGUAUGAAGGAAAUGCCAUGGCAUUGCUGAAGUCCACUAAAUAUCAGUUCACCCUAAAUGAAGAGGCUGCAGGCAUGAAGACCUCAAGCACAGAUUGCAAAGAUGGGCCAACAGAAGGUGAUCAAUCAGCAGCUAACGAGCCAGAAGCAAACCUUGGUGGAGACAUGGAUACUGCUGCCAGAGAUCCUCUCCUUGGUGUGGGGGAGAACUUGACAGGAGACUGUGCUGAAAAGUCUGGAAAGAACAAUGAUGAUUCUCAUAGUGCUGUAACAACUGCCAGGGAAAGAGAGGAACAAAAAUCAGUCCUAAGCACCAACUGCAGUGAACAGAAAGAGAGUGAAAUUCCUCUACCAGUUGGAGGCAGUGCUGUUGAGCAAAGAGAUGAAACAGCACCAGGCCUGGGAAACAACCAACAGGUGGGGCCUGGGUUGGCAGCACUGCCUGAAAAAGUGAAGAAGUCCAAAUUGGAGAAACUCCGUGAGCUGGGAAUCGAUUUGACCAUCAAGCCAAGAAUCUGCUCUGGCAAUGAAUCUUUUAUAAACCUCGAUGAAUCUGAGUUGAAUAAAGAUUUAGAAGCCUUGAAGGCACGUUUCUUGAAGCACACUCUUCAAACUUCGAAACCCAAAGUAGAAAGGACCAUAAACAUGAACAUUAUUCGUAAGGAAACCACAGCUGAAGGAAAGGAGGAACUAAAAGCAGACGUGGUGCCAGCAGUUUUAGCUGCAGAGAGCCUGGAUGAAGCAGUGCACACAAAGCCAGGUGAAAAGCUGCAAGUGCUGAAAGCAAAACUGCAGGAGGCCAUGAAGCUCCGCAGGACUGAGGAGCGCCAGAAACGGCAAGCGUUGUUCAAACUGGAUAAUGAGGAGCUGCUGGAGGAGGAGGAGGAGGAGGAAGAGAUGACAGAUGAGUCUGAGGAAGAGGAGGAAGGCGAUCAUGAGGCUGUGGAAUCUCUGCUUGAUGAGGCAGAGGAAGACAAUGAAGAUUUGGAAGAGAAACAAGUUGAAGACGGUGACAAAGAAACUGACAGAGAGUCAAUUGAUGGAGAAAAGGUGGAGCAAUCUGCAGACUGUGCUUCUGUUCCCAAACUGCCUUCAACUGAGUCUACGUUGAUGCUCUUCAAGGACAGCUCCUCCAAAAUGGGGUACUCCCUUGCUGAUGAGAAACACGAAAGUGAAGAAGCUGCAGACAAAGAUCCUGCUAAGUUAGAAGAUGAUGAUUCAUUUUCUCUACCAACACCAGCAAAAGAGAAUAGCCACAACAGCAGCUUUGAGCUGAUUGGCUCCAUGAUUCCAUCCUACCAGCCCUGUAACAAACAGACGUCGCGUGGAGGGAACUUUUUACCUGCAGCAGGAGGUUUCAGGUCACCUUCCCCAGGUUUUUUCAAAACAAGUUUUAUCAGCUCUGCUUCCAAGAGCUCGGGAAAGAUGUCUGAGCCAUCUCUUCCCAUAGAAGAUUCCCAGGACCUGUAUAAUGCCUCUCCUGAACCAAAGAGUUUGUUUCCAGGGGCUGGAGAAUCCCAGUUUCAGUUUUCUCUGGAAGAUGACACCCAGAGCCAGCUGCUGGAUGCAGAUGGGUUCUUGAAUGUUGGACAACACAGAACUAAAUACCAGUCCUCAAAGCACAGGCUGACUCUAGCCAGUAUGGAUGAGAAUGCAAUGGAUGCCAACAUGGAUGAAUUAUUGGACUUGUGUUCUGGGCAGUUUAGCAGUCAAGCCGAGCACGUGCCGAGUACCAGCAGCAGCAAGAAACAAAACAUGGAAGAACUGCUCCAUCUUUGCUCUGGGAAAUUUGUGACUCAGACAGAUUCUCCAACGUGGGCAUCAUCAGUUUCUUCCAAGGCAGAAAAGGACAGCGACUUAGAGGACCCAAUGGCAGAAGCACUGGCACUUUGUUCAGGCUCCUUUCCCACAGACAGGGAAGAGGAAGAUGAGGAGCACGAGGAGCUUGGUGACUUUCAGCUUGUAACAGAUGACAAUGCUUUUGAGAGUGAAGAGGAUGAAAAGAGUGGAGAUGAUGAUGGUGAAGAAGCAGAAGUAAGUGACGAAGAAGAACUACUGAGACGUAGAGAGGGCUCGAAGAAAAAGCUCAAACUGGAGGAUUUCAUGGAAGAUGAGGCAGAGCUGUCAGGAAGUGACGUGGGAAGUGAGGAUGAGUAUGAUGGAGAAGACCUGAAUGAAUAUGAAGAAGAGGUUAUUGACGAGGACCUCCCUAACGAAGCGGAGUUAGAAAGUCAAGUACAGAAAUUACACAUGAAGGCAGUGCUUGAUGCUGACAAGCGUGAGUUACGCCUGUACCAAGAGAGGUACCUCAUUGAUGGCGACCUGCACAGCGAUGGGCCUGGCAGGAUGAGGAGGUUCAGAUGGAAAAACAUAGAUGAUGCUUCCCAGAUGGACUUGUUUCAGAGGGAUUCUGAUAACGAAGAUGAAAAUGAACAGUUUGAUGAAACAGAAGUAAAAUGGAGGAAAGAGAGAUUUGAACGAGAGCAGUGGCUUCGUGAGCAGAAGGAAAAAAAUAAAGAGCAGGAGGAGGAGGAGGAGGAGGAGGACAUUGGUGAGGACAGUCAGUUCAUGAAACUAGCCAAAAAAGUGACUGCAAAGUCCCUACAGAAGAGAGCAAGCCCUGCAGUAGUGGUACAAGAUGCAAAGCUAUUGCCCACGAACCCAUUUGAAGCAUUCAGACCUGCCAGUGACAUCCAGAUUAAAAAUGGGUCUCUCUUGAACAGACCCAAAGAUAUCCUUCAGAAACUAGCAGCAAUGUCAGAUCUUAACCCAAAUGCACCUCGGAACUCCAGGAACUUUGUGUUUCACACACUUUCCCCAGACAAGAAUGAAGAGGCAAAGGAGAAAUCAAAGCAUCAGGUGACAAAAAGAGGUCCUUCUGCAGCUAUAACUUCUCUUGCCAAACGGCCCAGGGUUGACAGCACAGAGCAAACGAGUCGAAGCCGAAGCAUAUUCCAGUACUUGGAGAGCUGAAUGUUUUUGUGUAGGGCCAGAAGUUACAUCUUGUCUCUCUGUCAGUUGCAGGCUGAUCUGCAAAUCUCUGCCAGCAAUCAUCAGGAAGGUAAACAAACUGCUGUACGUUGUUCUCUCUGCUCCUGCUUUCUUCUUCCCAGUGCUUUCCAAGCAGUGGUCAGGUUUGUUCCCAUUUCACUCAGCACUCCAUGGCAAUUGGGAGCACAAAAUCCAUGCUUGGUUCGGAAUGAAUGCAAACUUGGUCUAAGCAUUAAGGGAACUUACACAGCUGUGAGGAUGCUGUUCGUGUUUCAGUGUUACAUUUUCAUCUGGAAAUGUGUGGUAGGUGUGAUGCAGAAAUGCUGCAGUUAGCUGGAGGCACAGAUGAAGUAUUUCUGCAGUGUUAGGUAAGAAGACAGCAGCGUUAAUUACAUUGGGAUGCACAGAGUUGUUUGCACUUAGAGCACUAAGGAGCCAUGGCUUCCUUCAGUGUGUUAUUUUCUGUUAAGCAUUUAUUAGCUUCAUAAGUUCAGAAGCUCUAAUUUACAUUUGUAAUUUAUGUAUUUAAAAAAAAGGGCCCAGCCUUUCAUGAGGCAGCGUGACAGGAAUGUCUUCCACAUUUCCUUUUCAUAUUCAUACGCAUGCAUGUGAGUAACAGAUGUGGGAGAGGAAAAGGAGAUGUGGAGCUUUACUUCUUCAUUUUUGCUUUUUUUGCCCAACUGAAAAGUGGUGGAAAUAAUCUCAGCCCUGAUUUUCACCCACCCUGUGCUCUUCCUCACAAAUAAUCUGUUUCUGAACAGUGAGAAUUGAAGAGCCCUCUCUGCAAGGAGGGGGUUGGAAUAAAGAUCCAUUACUCACAGCCAUUCUAAACAGUGUGAAAGAAACUUGAGGUGGAAUAUACAGCAUUUCUGGCCUUUCUGAGGAAAUGCUGAGCGUGUUGAAAUUAGCUGCCAUGUUAUGGUAGCACAGUGGCCUGCUCUGUAGAACUAAAGGCAGCCUCACAUCCUGAGGUUGCUUGCUGUCAGAGAAUUGUGUGCAUUUUGUAACUGAAGCAUAUGCCCAGCGUGUGUCGUGUAAAAUAUUUUACUGUAUAUUGUGUUUAUAAAGAACUUUGGUACCAAUUGCAGUGCAAUUUCACAAUAAAACAGGUUUUUAAUGUACAGG